CAAUUUCGAUUACACUUGGUCCAACAUGGCGUCGUUCUGAUGUAUGAUUAAAUUGGUCGACAAAACGUACCCAAAACGGGUUAUUUAGGGUCGAGUAUUAGAUUCCCCAAACCAGGAAGGCGUUAGAAAAUCGGAAACGUCUAAACAGCACGUCUAGCCUUACGUCUGGUGUCACCGUUUACGUCCUUAGCAAACAGACACAGUUGUUGUCGUCGUUAGAGAGUUUAGCAACUGUUUCAGCAUGAUGGAAGAAGCUGGACCCCAGUGGUUGACUGAGGAGGUGAAAACUGGGACAACCAUUAUUGCCAUUGAAUAUGAUGGAGGGGUCGUGCUGGGGUCUGAUUCCCGAGUGUCUGCGGGGGAGGCGGUGGUGAACAGGGUGAUGAACAAACUCUCUCCUCUCCAUGACAAGAUCUACUGUGCUCUGUCAGGAUCUGCAGCAGAUGCUCAGACAAUAGCUGAGAUUGUCAAUUAUCAGCUUGAUGUCCACAGCAUAGAGAUAGGUGAAGACCCACAGGUUUGUUCAGCUGCCACUCUGGUGAGAAACAUCUCAUACAAGUACAAGGAGGAGCUGUCUGCACAUCUCAUCGUGGCCGGCUGGGACAGAAGAGCUGGAGGACAGGUUUUUGCGACCCUGAAUGGUCUCCUGACAAGGCUGCCGUUUGCAGUUGGAGGCUCUGGCAGCUCGUACGUUUAUGGGUUUGUGGAUGCAGAGUAUCGCAAGGGCAUGAGCAAAGAGGAGUGUCAGCGGUUUGUUGUCAACACUCUCUCACUGGCAAUGAACAGAGAUGGCUCCAGUGGCGGCGUCGCCUACCUUGUCACCAUCGAUCAACACCAGACAGAGGAGAAAGUCAUUCUAGGCAAUGAUCUACCCACUUUCUUUGACCAGUGAUCAGAACGGAGGAUUUUCAUCACUAGUCUAAAAAAAAAUACUAUUGUUGAUGCAAUUGUGUACUUGUUUUACCUAUUUUUACCAUUUCAAACACUUUUUAUUAACGUGAUCAAGUUUGUAGACCUUCUUAGGAGACUUUGAAAUAUAGAAGAGAAGAUAGCUGUCUCACUUGAGGGAUGUUAAACAUUUUGACAGCUUCUAGCCAAAUAAGUUCAGGGGAGCUUCGGGUAGAACUUUCCCCUGACUAUAGGUCAUCUUAGGACACGUCCAUUUAUCAAAUUUGCUGCAGUUCAAGUGGAGCUGAAUUGCAGCUUCCCCUUUUAUUGUCCACAGCAGUUCACUGUGUGAGAUUCAGCCUGACAAACAAGGCAACAAAAAGUGAAAGUCAAUUUUGUUACACAACGAAGGCAUCAUGACACCUACUUUAUGCAAGUGAUCUUUUUGUAUCACAGUUGUAAAAUCAGAUCAAGAUGGCGGGUUGAUUUUUUGUUCAUUUGCCUCUAAACUUAAUUAAAGCAAGUUUAAAUA